AUGCAGGCGGAGGACAUGGAGGUCCCGCUGCUCAAUAACCUGAACGACAACGGCGACAGGCUGAGGUCGAAAGGGAAGGAUGUGUUCAAGGACCAGCAGAAGGAGUCCGAGAGCUCCAUGGAGUCUCCCAACCUGGAGUUUGAAUAUGGAGACACAGACACACUCAUGGCUGAAAUAUCAGAGCUUUACAGCUACACCGAGGAACCCGAGUUCGCCCUGAACAGAGACUGCUUUGAGGAAGACUUCAGAAGCUACGCUCGAGAUCAACGCUGGAUCGAUCUGAGCUCGGAGGAGAGGCGCACGUAUGUGAUGAGAUUACUCGACGCUCUAGAGGUCACCGACCGGGACAAGAGACUGAAGGUGGCACGGGCGAUCCUCUAUCUUGCUCAAGGUGUGUUCGACGAAUGUGACGCCGAGUUGGAUGUUCUCCGCUGGUCAAGGCGCAACGUGUUCCUCCUGUACGACAUGGGCAUCUUCACAGCCUUGCUGGAGCUCCUCAGCAUGGAGAUCGAUAACAGUCAAGCAUGCAGCAGUGCAGUGAGGAAACCUGCUAUCUCGCUCGCGGACAGCACAGAACUCAGAGUAUUGCUCAGUAUCAUGUACCUGAUGGUGGAGACCAUUCGAGUUCAAACGGAGGACGACGGACCCGAGUGGAGAGCCGCCAGAGAGGCCUUCAAGACCGAGCUAGGUGCGCCUUUAUACAACGGCGAGCCUUUUGCACUGCUCCUCUUCUCCAUGGUGACCAAGUUCUGCAGUAUGAACGCACCUCAUUUCCCCAUGAAGAAAGUUCUUCUUCUAUUAUGGAAGACCAUUCUGUUAACCUUGGGCGGCUUUGAGGAACUCCAGGAAAUGAAAGUACGAGACCGCCAACGUCUCAACCUGCCGCCCCUCCCCGAAGACAGCAUCAAGGUGGUGAGGGCCAUGCGAGCCGCCUCUCCGCCGGCCUCCGCCAUGGAGCUCAUCGAGCAGCAGCAGCAACAGAAGCGAGGGCGUCGCAGUCGGAGGAGUGCCUUUGUUGAUAGCUUGGAAGGAGACAGUCCCUUUCCCAAGAAGCAGCCGCUGGUUAAGCAGGACAGCCUGGACACGUACAACGAGCGGGACCCUUUCAAAAACGACGAUGUCCGCGACGAGGAGGACGACCCCGAGGACGGCGACAACGGCGCGGAGGGCGAGGUGGACCCGUUGGACCGCGACGUCAUCAUCCAGCCCCCGCCGCCGCCGCCUCUGCGGCCCCUCGCCGAGAGGGUCAACUUCCCCAAGGGUCUCCCGUGGGCUCCUAAAGUCAGGGAAAAGGACAUCGAGCACUUUUUGGAAACCAGUCGGAACAAAUUCAUCGGCUUCACCCUUGGAAAUGACACCGAGACCUUGGUGGGCCUUCCUCGCCCCAUCCACGAGAGCGUCAAGACUCUCAAACAGCACAAAUACGUGUCCAUCUCCGAAGUGCAAAUGAAACGCGAAGAGGAGCUUCAACAGUGUCCGCUUAGCUUGGGCGAGGAAGACGUUGAAGAGACGCCGGCAGAGACGCUUUACUUGGGAAUGCUUCCAAAUCUCUCGCAAUAUGUGAUCGCCCUUCUUAAGCUAUUGUUGGCGGCGGCGCCGACCUCCAAAGCCAAAACGGAUUCCAUUAACAUCCUCGCCGAUGUGCUGCCUGAGGAGAUGCCAAUUACAGUCCUCCAAAGCAUGAAGCUGGGCAUCGAUGUCAACCGGCACAAAGAAAUCAUCGUUAAAGCCAUCUCGGCGUUGCUGCUGCUGCUCCUCAAACACUUGAAACUCAACCACGUCUACCAGUUUGAAAUAGUCUCCCAGCAUCUGGUGUUCGCCAACUGUAUCCCACUCAUUCUCAAGUUCUUCAACCAGAACAUCAUGUCUUAUAUCAGUGCCAAAAACAGCAUAUGUGUUUUGGAUUUUCCCCACUGCGCCGUCCACGAGAUGCCCGAACUCACCGCCGAAAGCCUGGAGGCUGGCGACAGCAACCAGUUCUGCUGGAGGAAUCUGUUCUCAUGCAUCAACCUGCUGAGAAUCCUCAACAAGCUGACCAAGUGGAAACACUCUCGAACUAUGAUGUUGGUGGUCUUCAAGUCGGCGCCCAUUUUGAAGAGAGCGCUCAAAGUCAAGCAGGCCAUGAUGCAGCUAUACGUGCUUAAGCUGCUCAAAAUUCAAACCAAGUACUUGGGUCGCCAGUGGAGGAAGAGCAAUAUGAAGACCAUGUCGGCAAUCUACCAGAAGGUCCGACACAGACUCAAUGACGAUUGGGCCUACGGGAACGAUAUUGAUGCGCGGCCUUGGGACUUCCAAGCGGAAGAGUGCGCCCUGCGCGAGAGCAUCGAGAAGUUCAACAGCCGGCGGUACGACAAGAACCGCAACGGCGACUUCGCGCCCGUCGACAACUGCCUGCAGAGCGUGCUGGGCCAGCGCGUGGACCUUCCCGAAGACUUCCACUACAGCUACGAGAUGUGGCUGGAGAGGGAGGUCUUCUCGCAGCCUAUCGAGUGGGAGGGUCUCCUUCAGGAACAAUAA